AUGCUGACGACAAACAGUACAGGGCUCAUCUGGUGUGAAGACAGUUCAUCAAAAGAAACUGGCGAGAGAAAGCAGCUACGGAAUGAAAUACAGCUACAGCAAUUCAGCAACAACCUGACCCAUGAAAAAGACCAACUGCAGGCAACAAUAACUAUCUUGGCCCAAGAGAAAGACCGAUUGCAGACACAGAACAACAACCUGACCCAGGAAAAAGACCAACUGCAAGCAACAAUGACCAACCUGACCCAACAUCAGGAAAAACAUCAGAUAACUGGGUUCCUCUCUCUUCAGUACUCAUGGACUCUGAUGAAGAUGGCUUGCCAUCGAAGCGUUAGUGCCUACAUGGACCAAGGGGCUCAUCUGGUGAUCAUUUACAGCAAAGAGGAACAAGAGUUUAUCAUCACACAAUUAGGGUCAAAUAGAGCCUGGACUGGUCUCAGUGACGUGGAGACUGAGGGUGUCUGGAAAUGGGUAGAUGGCAAAGUUCUGGAUAAAUCUGGGUAAGAACAUUUGAAAUGACCAAAUAUGCUAUUAAAGUGUGCCUUGCACAAUAAAAUGCUAUUUGACUUGGUACUACUGUAUAUUUUUAGUGGCAGGUUCUAGAAUGAUAAAUAGGCUACCUUGUUUGUUUAUUUCAUUUCAGAUUGCAGGGUGAACCAAAUGACGACAAAGGUGUUGAAGACUAUGUAGAGAUAAUAUAUUCCGAAGACAAACCACUAAAAACCUGGAAUGAUGAUGUUUUCAAGAAUGUCAAGAAUUUCAUUUGUAAAAUUAAUCUUGCAUGAAAGUUCUCUGUUUAUUUUUGUUUUACUUCUUUCACAAUGGCUGUAAUCA